CGGCGGCGGCGGUCCCAACCCGUGCUGCGCCAAGCUGUGGAAGAAGUACCAGCAGGUGGAGAAGGGCCGGGCGGCGCUGCGGCAGGGGGUGAACCUCCUCAACGGCGAGGUUCAGAAGCUGCAGAACGAGAUAUCCACUCUCACCCAAGCAUGUUAGUAGCAUGCUGCUACCAGGAAUUAAACAGAAGCUGCCUAUCCCACGGAAGAUGAGCUUUUCGAAUUUGCAAGGAGGAGCGUCUCCGAGCUGAUUCGGCACAAGCAGCUAAGGAAACCGAGUCUGAUGCCAGAGAUCUAUUAGAGAAAGAGGUAAUUGAACUGAAGGCAAAGAACUCAGCCCUGCAUUUUACACAAAAUACCAGCAAAAAUGAUAAUGAGCUCUUGCGGAUCUCUGAGUUGGAGGAAGAAAAUAGAAGGCUCAAACAGGUAUUAGGAGAAGAGAGGUUGAAAAUGGAUUCUGAGAAGAAAAAAGCUGAAGAAGCAAAGAGGAAAACGUCAGACGCCCAGAAUUUACUCAAGGCUGAAACAAAGAAGUCUGAAGAGUUCAAAAGGCUCGCUGAUUUGGAAAGGAAAGUAGCCAAUGAUUUGAAGGUAUCAUGUGAGAAAUUGAGGAUUGAAGCUAAUGAAACCAGAUCACAGCUGUCUGCUCAGAUUCAGAAAACAGGGGAGGCAUAUAAGAAGGCUGAAGCAGAGAAGCAGAAGGCUUCCAGAGAAAAGAAAUGUGCUGAUUCAGAAAAAUUGUUAGCAGAAAAAAACAAAAAACUAAUUGAAGCUGAGAGGAAAAAAGUGAUGGAAGAGAAGGGUCGUUCUGGCCAUUUGUUUGCACAGUUGGAGGAGCAGAAGAAACUGAAUGAAAACUUACACGUUAGCAUUGAGGCUCAAAGAAAGAAUGCAAUGUGUGAGAAAAACCGUGCAGACCAACUGUUACAGAAGUUGGAAGAGGAGAGAAAACGAUGUGAAUAUUUACAGAGGAAGACUGAUGAUUUUGGUGCUGCUAGGGAUAGGGUUUCUUUUGGCAAUGAUGGGAUGCAACGUGUUGAUGGAGCAAUUGAAAGUGCAAACAUAAAACUUCUCAAAGAGAAGCUGAAGCGGAAGAAAGAUCAGCUAAAGCAUGUGAAAAGGGAAUCAAAGUUGGAUAGAGCAUUGAUAAGAAAAGAGCUUCAGCUCCUAAAACGGGACUGGAUGCAACCGCUGAGCCAGUUUAACAGGCUUGAUGAUUAUCUUGCUGGUGGUGCUGAAGAUGUUCGUGCAUUGAAAAGGUUGAAGCGACAACCGAAGGUACAUGGCUUAGAACAUAGGCAACAUGUUCUUCUUCCUCAUAAUCAAGUUCCUGCACCAUAUUUUGGGUUACAAACUGGGAUGGUCCCUUUCACUUCUUCCCCAAGAGAAUACGCUUCAUAUCAGUUACCUAGAGAAAGCUGCACAAGACCAAUCUCAGGUACUAGUUCUGAAUUAGAGCCUCCUAUUGGUAGUGCUCUCAGAACAAACUCAAAAAAUCACCAGAGAUCUUCAUGUCCGACAUCCACAUCUGAUAAAAAGUUCAUGGGCUCACAGGGUAAGGAAAGCCUAUUUGUGUCAUCAACAGGUACCAGAAAGAACCAGAGCUCAACAACUCCAGAGUUACCCCCAACAAACUGCAGUGCCAGGAAACAAGAUGAUACAGCAUUGCUGGACAUUUCUGGUCAUUCUUCUCGACGGGAGGCAUCGAAACCAUCGUUUCCUGGUGGUAUAGAAGUUGCAGAUCAAACACUCAAAGGGGGCAGGAAGAGAAAAAGGACCAAAAACAAUGUAGAAUCACUUCCCCGUGAUGCCACUACAAAUGAUAAUUUGGCAUUUAAUGAUGAUCGUUCAUGUCUGCAGCAAAGAAAUAACACCAUGCCAUGUAUGAGCAAAGAUGGCUUGCAAAAUAAUGGGAGGAAAGGUCCUGGUGUUAUUGAUAGAUCCUUCAGUGGCUGUGCUAAAGGGCCCUCUCCUGGAGCAGGAAAUGCUUUUGAAGGAAGCAAGUUUGAUUCAUUGUUCUCCUUUGAGAAAUUGAUCAAGGGGGACUGCUUGAAGUUGCUCAAUUUGGACAAUGACGCUGAUGAGGAGAAGUAUAGGAAGGCAAUGGAGGCACCUCUUUCGCCAGAUGUGCCCAUUGUGCUACCCACUAAAACUAAAAGCCGUAGGUCUCCUGAUUUGGUUGGUGGCAAUAAUGAUGGAUAUGAUACAGAAUGUCCUGCAUCAAGGUCUGAUGUCAAUUUGUCAGAAGUUCAGAACUUUUCUCAGAAUGGUAAGUUUCAAUCAUCAACCUAUAGUGGAACUGAACAUGGUGGCAGUGUUAUGGAGUUGUAUGCAAAUGGUAAAUCUACUGCAGCAGCUAAUGUUUCUUAUAGCGCCAAAUUGAUUGAUACGUCAGGUACAGCCUCUUUGAGCUGCCUUUCACAUCGGAAUGAGGCCUCAAAUGCUGUUCUUUCGCUUGCCGUGGAGUCAGACAGUACCAUGGGACCACAGUUCUCAGGAAAUGCAGAUGCCAUUUUGCAUUUGUGCAAUGAGGUCCCUAAUAAAAGCAGGCAAAAUCAAAUUUGUACUGCAUCAUCAGAUCCUGUACUGCAAAAUAAUAUUGGAUUAAGUGAAGCGCAAACAGCUCAGACGAUCAAUUUGACCUCAGAUGGUUUAAGCGGUCAUUGUCAUGGAGCCGGUAACAACAGUCUAAACUUUGUUGGAGUUACUAGUUUGAAACGAAGCAGCAUAGUAAAUAUACUGCAGUAUUGGGAGGCCCUUACUUCUGAAACUAGCAAGCUUUCUCAGGAUGUUUUUGUUGAUGGUUCAUUACUUGAAAGAGUAUCCACUGAACCAUUGCUACUUCCAGAAGAGAGGAUUCCGCUCAUCUUUUCUCUAUUUUUAUGGGGUGUUCGUAAAUUGACAAGUGAUCCUGUUGUUGACCAAUACAGUGCUUUGUCAGCCUUUUCCAUGACUGUGAAACCUUACAUGGAAACAAGAUUGGCCUUUCUGAAAAGCAGUCAGCUGGAUAUUCUUGUCUCCUUAAUUGAGGAUUUUCUCAUGAACAAAGAAGUUGUGGUUUGUGAUAAAAUGGGAGUUAUGAAUUCUGAUGGUAGCAAGCAUUGCCACCUGGAUGAUGAAAUUGGUAUGCAAUUAUCCACCAAGCCUGCGACUAGAGACCAGUUUAUCUCUGCCUGCAUCCUGUUGGCUUCAGUAUGUGCUAAGGUGGAGAGAGUGGAUAUUGUUUUAGAGGUUUCAUACAGAGUUCUUCAGAUGGGCAAAGCAAACCUUUCGUGGACUAUGUCGGCUCUCCAUGUCUUUGGUUUCGUCUGUGGCGAUAAGUUGCUACUUGUGAAGAGUUGUAAUCUUCUCAUGACAACUAUACGGCUGGUUGUCCUGCUCCUUGAGAGCUCAAACACUUCUUUGUGCCUUGUGUCAUCUCAUAUUCAGUCCAAUAGACAAACAGCUUUCCCGUCUUGUACACAUUGCCUGUUUGAUGUGGAUACAGUGUCCAUAGAUGUUUUUAUCUCUUCUCUGCUCGAUGAGCUGGAUUUAUGUGCUCUGUCAGGGAUAAAUCAUGUCAAGUCAAAUGAAGCUAUUACAAAGCAUAGUUCUCAUUUGGGGUCUAGUGAACUGCAGAUUGACUGUGGUGAACCUUGCAAUAUCCACAAGCAAGCAAAAGUUGCUGAGGGUAUCAACUAUCCUGCCGGGAGGGACCUGUGCUAUUAUACUGAGAUUAUAUCUUUGCUUGAGCUGUUUGGGAGCUAUAUGAGCUGCGAGUGGACAUACAAAAAUGUUGUUCUUCGUCUUCUGAAGAUUUUGGAAUCGUGCCCAUGCGAGGAGUAUUCAGCUGCCCUUUUCGUACUUGUCGGCCAACUUGGAAGGUUUUUCAUUGAUGAUGUUGGUUAUGAGAUGAAAGCAGUUAUUGAGCUGAGGAACAAAUUAUCAGUAUUGAUGGGAACUAGUUUUACGACAUCAAAGAGCAUACUGGUUCAGUUUUCUGCGGUCGGUGCACUGCUUAGUCUCCUGCCGUUGACAUUUGAUAAAAUAGUUGCCAGCCCGAGUGGACCAUUAUCUGGCCUGUGUGUUCUGCAAGUGACUCAGAUUUCUGAAUGGUUUGCUCAGUUAAGCAAGGAGAAUCAAUCUUUUGCCUGUUCCUUUUUCAGCUGAGUUAGUAGGUAUGGAAGCAUUUGGUAUAUCUGCUUGGACUCUAGCUUGGCCUUCCAACGGUGUAAUGGAUUAAAGAAAGAAUGCUCUUCAGUAUCUUGGGUUGUUCAUCCCAGGUGUAUUCAUGAUUCUCACAGGGGGUAGUAAGACUAGUCUAUUGGCCAGGAUAUUGCCUUCUCCGUGAAGAAGCUCAACUUUUCUGCAGGCCAUGAUAUCUUUCUGUGAAGGAAUUCAAGAUCUAAGCUUUCGUUUGAUGGACUUGGAGAUUCAAAAGCAGAAGAAUGUGCCGAAGACUAACAAUUGGGUUUCGUGGAUCGCCAGAAAGAUCUGUGUAAAGGCUGAACAUGAUACUGGUGCAUAUGACUUCAGAUCAUCGAGUUACUUCAAAUUUUGUUGAGGCGACCUGGUUAACUUCAUCGAAUACCUGCAACAUCUUAGACAGGUUCCAUGGUAUGCUGUCAUCUGAAGAUUCUGCAUGAUCAGAAGCCACCUAUGGAUGGAACUGCAAUUUUCGUCCUAGAGCUGCUAACAUCUGGCCCUGGCCUACAUUAGUCUGAGACAGGGUAGUUAAGCAGAGCAUGUUUGUCCGAAUGAUUUUUUUUUUCUUUCUCCGGAGGUGAUCCAAAUUUUUAUGGUGUCACGUUCUGAAUAUUUUGAGUUGUUUUUACAAUUGUGGAUAGUAAAGGAACA